CUGCAAAACAAAAGGGAGCGGAGCGGCUGCAGCAGCCGGGCAGGACGGGGGAGGCUCUUCUCUUCUUGCUGUAUGUGCUGCGUCUCGCCGGUGAACCCUGAGCCCCCCUCGCCGCUGCCAUGUCCCGUCGCAGCCAGCGUCUCGUCACCACACGCUAUUACCCCGGGGACGAUGAUCCCCCGACCAGCAGCAGCUCCCUGCUGGGGAGCCAGCAGCAUCCCUUCAAAGAGAGCACCGGCAGGACGAUCAGGAGGAAAUCGAGCAGCACGAAGCGCCUCUCGCCUGCCCCCAGCACCCAGACCUCCUACUACAGCGAGUCCGUGAUGAGUGAGUCCUACCUGGGGGGCAGCCGGGGCCUCGCUGCCCUGGGCAACUCUGUGCUGGAUGAUGACAUGGACAGCAGCACCUACUGGGGUGGGGAGCUCUCCACCAGGAGGAGAAGAGGCACAGGAGACACUGAGUCCAGUAAGAUUAACGGGCUGCUGGAGAGCAAGACGUACGACACAUACGCCUCUUCGUCUGGGUACUCCUCAGAAGAUGACUACGCUGGUCACUUUUACUCAGGCCAGAGCAGCUCUGGGUCACGGCUGAGGACUGCAGCCUCCCGUGUGGGCUCCUUCCUCUGGCAGGUGCUCACCUCCCCAGUGCGAUUCGUGGGGUGGCUCUUCUCGGGGCUGGCAGCUGCCUGGCACCGCCUCACCGGCACAGCUCCCCGCCUUGGCAGUGUCCCCUUCUCCAGGCGCUACCCGUGGCUGAAGAGGUCGCUGCUGCUGCUGCUGCUGCUGCUGCUCCUCCUGCUCCUUGCUGCUGCUGCCUACGGGGCUUGGUACUUCUACCCGUAUGGGCUGUCAACACUCAGCCUCCCUGUGUUCCCAUGGUGGGGAGCUGGAAAACUUUCCUCCACUGAUGUGCCUGCAGGAGGGGACCUGACUGUGUUGGACCAGGGGGAGCACCGGCUCUGGGUUCGCUUCCAGGCCCUGGAGAAGCGCUUUGAGGCACUGGAGGCCGAGGUCUCGCGGUGGGAGCUGCGGCAGGGGGCAGCAGCAGUGUCGGCAGGGGGAGAGCCCCCGCCGGGGGACAUCCUGACACUGCUGGAGGGGCUGGUGAGCCGCCGGCACGUGGGGCUGAAGGAGCAUCUCCGUGCUGAUGUGACCAGCCUCAUCCAGGGUGAGCUGGAUGCCCUCCGAGCCCAGGUGCAGAGGGAUUUAGACGGGCGCCUGGGGAAGAUGGCACAAGCCUCUCAGGAGAUGGAGGCGCGCGUGCUGAAGCUGAACUCAGAAUGGCAGAGCUCGGUGCAGGAGGGCCUGCAAGGCAGCUUCCAGCAGGAGGUGGGCAAGCUGGAGCAGGAGGUGGCAGCACUGAGGAGAGAGUUGGCUGGCCUCAAGUCAGACCAGGAGGUGAUGGGGAAGCACGUGGAGGGGAUGCUGGAGCAGCUGAAGGUGGUGCGGGCUGACGUGGAAGCACAGUUCCCGGCGUGGAUCAGCCGGUUCCUGUUGCAGCCCCAGCGGGAUGGUGCUGCCAGCUUUGUCUUCCAGCGGGAAGAUUUGCAAGCAGAGCUCCAGGCCCUGGAGCACAAGAUCCUGGCCAAAGUCCUGGAGGACCGGAGGCUGUCGGCACGGGAUGCUCAGGGUGGCAUUGGAGUGGCCCUGCAGCAAGGGGGGACUGCAGGGGUGACAGAGGAGCAAGUCCACCUUAUCGUUGAUCAAGCCCUGAAGCGCUACAGUGAGGACCGUGUGGGGAUGGUUGACUAUGCCUUGGAAUCAGCAGGGGCCAGUGUCAUCAACACCCGCUGCUCUGAGACUUACGAGACACGGACGGCGCUGCUGAGCUUGUUUGGCAUCCCCCUGUGGUACCAGUCACAGUCCCCCCGUGUCAUCCUGCAGCCAGACGUCAACCCUGGGAACUGCUGGGCGUUUCGUGGGUCCCAGGGCUUUGUCGUCAUCCGCCUCUCUGCCAUCAUCCGCCCAACGGCCGUGACACUGGAGCACAUCCCGAAAGCUCUCUCACCCCAAGGGGCCAUCCCCAGUGCCCCCAAGGACUUCGCUGUCUACGGCUUGAAAGAGGAGAGUGAAGAGGAGGGGCAUCUCCUUGGACAGUUCACCUACAGCCAUGAUGGUAACCCCAUCCAAACAUUCUCCUUGGAGGGUGAUGCAGUGGACACAUACCAGCUGGUGGAGCUCCGGGUGCUGAGCAAUUGGGGUCACCCUGAGUACACCUGCAUCUACCGUUUCCGUGUGCACGGGGAGCCAGCACACUGACCCCCAGCUCCCACAUGGGAUGAGGAUGCUGCCGGUGCCGACAGCAGGAGGGGGGGAUUCAUCCGGUUUGCCGCUUCGCACGUAGAAAUCCUGGGAUGUGCCAGCAGCCUCCCUGGGAAGCUGCUCCCCUCUGGGGAGGAGAAGAGCUGGUGUUUAAGGGGUGAGGCUUUCACUCUUCCAUGGACCAGGGUGGCAAGGCAAGAGCAUCCACGUGGGUCCUAGCGCAGCCUGGCUUGUCUUCAGCACCUGUCGGACGUUUUAACUUUUUAAGCUAACUUUUUUAUCGGGUCUGCGCAGCCCCUUGUCCUCCCCGUUGUCCUGCUCCUUUCUGAUGGUGCCGGGGCUUGGGAAAGGGGUAUGUAACUUUGCCAUGUGCUUCACGUGGGCUUGGGCACGUUGUGGCGUACGGGACCGCGGUGACCGGCUCGGUGCUGCCCGAGUAGGUGGGAGCCACCAGUUGUGGUCAAGUCUCUCCCCUUCUUGUGGGGUCAUUUCUCCUGCCUUGCUGUUGGUUUAGGUAAAACUCUCCAGACCUCCGACGCUUGGCUGGUAAAGGGGAAAUAAGACAGUAUUAAUGAAGUAUUAACAUAAAACUUAAUGGUUCGGGGCAGCAGGAGGGGAGAAGUUCGGCACGUGGUGGUGGUGGGGCCUGCCCCGGCGCUGGUGGCUGUCCUUGUGAGCCCUCCUGCUGCUGGUGGCUGUGUUGGGUCUUGGUGAUGCUAUUGGCCCCCCCUUCUGGGCUGGCUCUCCAGUGUUAAGCUUCAUGAUGCUAUUGAAAACUCCUGUUGCCUGCUUCCCCUUUUGGGUUUUGUUCUGGGU